AAAUAGUUAUGUCUACUACAAUGCAAUUGUCAACAAAAUCAGUUAUGAAAUGGAUUUCCUACACAUAAAUGUUUGUUUGCUUGUAGCUGCGUAGUUAAACACUAUUUCAACUUUGAAAUUCUGUACACACCGUGUAAGAUUUUAAAUAAAUGAAUGUAUUGUGCACAUUAUCAGGAAAGUGUGAUUGUGUUAUGAAAAGUAAUGUUGUAGCUACCAAAGGUUUUUUUUUUUACUGAGCUGAGUUGUUUAAUAAAAUGUUCCGAGAAAGUUUUUACGAGGAAAUUGAUUCAGAGUACCAUAAAAACAAAUGUAACAAUAAGUACAAAGAGGCUAUACCUGACCCUAUUUAUAUUGAAAUGAACAAAUCAUGCGAAACUUCAAGUGAUCAAAAUCACCAACAAAAUAUAGUUUUAGAUAAAAAUAUAAACACUAACAAUACCUUAACAGUUAACGAGAUAAAAGAUUCAAUCGAAAUAUUAGAUAAAAAACAUGUUAGCGUAACACCCAGGAGUUCAGUGAAGGUUCAUCAUCAAAGUACCAGCUCUACUAGCUCCGUUUCCACGUACUCAAGCAACUCAGAAGAGCAAAAACAAAUUGAUAAUAAUAAGAGCAACGUCAAUAAAAAAAUUAAACAAAAUUAUAUAAGAAACUCAAGCAGAGAAGAUGAAACAGUUUACACAGAAAUUGUCACUCGUAAAAAGAUUACUGAGAAAACAAAAUCUCGAGUAACCAGGCAAUCUGAGAAUCUUAUUCUAAGAGAAGAUUUUGACGAAAACUCAGUUAUUAUUAGAAGAGCUCAUUCUUUGCAUAACUUAAGUUUUGGAGAAAAUACAUCACCAAUAAACAAUUCUUCGCAGCUAUCUACAAAAGAUACUUGCAAAACUCGACAUGAACAUUUGAACGCAAGACAUAGAAGAAGCAACACUUUACAUAGAUCAUCUUACAUUGAAGGAGAUAAAGACGUAAUAAAAUAUGUCAAUCUGCAAUGUUUUUCCCCUAUUAACACAAAAAAUAAUAAAAACAAACAAAAACGAACUUCAGUUUAUAGUAACGUAAGUAAUGUUUACAAGUUGUAUGAAAAUUUCAGCAAUAACGAAGAUUCCGAUGACGGCGUAUAUAAAAAUGUUGUGGAUUUGCCGGCGGAUUACGAUGGAUUGCGAAAUAGAUCAACAAGUCAUCCAAUAGAUAUUAUUCAAUCUGAAAACAGCGAACAACUCCAUUACUCUCAUAUAGACUUUAACGGAGUUUCGUAUCCAACCAGCUCACCAAUAAGUAGCAUAUGCAGUAGUCAAUCAAGUGAAGUAUCCUCAUUUGCAUCGAAUUCAUUAAGCCCUUCCUGCGUAAAUCAAUAUGGUAAACGAGCCGAACGCUAUUCUACUUGGACAAACAGUUCUUCGUUUGGUGGGUUAAAUUAUUAUCCAGCCCAUUAUCUUGGAAACAUCACAGUAUCUAAUGUUAACAAAGAAAGUGUGGACACUGCAGUUAGUACCGUAGCUCAAAAUACAAACGUGUUAGAAAUGAAACCAGUGUACGUAGAGGUCACAAGCGAAUUUAUUCGCUUUGGAACCGCAGUAACGUCCUGGGACCUAUUGGUUACUUUUGCCAUUGAUGAAGUUGUUAGUUUUGAAGUCGUGCUUAAAAAUGCUUUUUUUUUUGGAAUUAUUGCUUGCAAAACAGGAAACGAAGCCCGAUGCUACGUUUUACAUACAGAAAAAGCAAACGAGAUAUACGACGCAAUAAUGAAUGUAUUUCAAACCUGUCCUAAGGUCUCAAGUUCAAAAAGUCUUUACGAUCUUCAGUUUGGCAUGAUACAGCCCGAGUUUCAUCGUUUUCAUUACAUCGUAAAAAUUGGAAGCGUUGCUGUUAAAAAAUGUUUUCCUAAUGUGAACGAAUAUAUAGAAAUUGCUUUAAACAAAGUAAAUCCAAAAGACUAUAGAAAUGUCAGCUUGGAAGUUCUUGGUUCAAAUAUUUUAGUGAUUGAUGCUUCUACAGGAGAAGAGCAAUGUCAUUAUAUUUCUUGGAUAUUAUCUUUAGGUAUAUUUAGUAAAGACUACCGAUACUUUGGUUAUGUAUUAAGCAAAUCCGGAACAAACGGAAAAACAAAAUGUUUUUGCCAUGUAUAUCGUGCAUCAAGAAAUCAUUCCGCAACGCAAGUUGUUGAGGCUAUUUCGUUAUCUUCUCAAAAAACAUACUCUCCAAAAGAGACAUCACAGGUUAGUCCCGUAUAUAGUGAACAAUAUUCAACAUUUAGUGGCUCUUAUUCUUCACUUAAUUCAAAUUCUACUUAUCGUUCUUCAAAUAUAUCAGUUGAAGUAUCUAACUUAUGCAAUAAAAACAAUACAACGUGUACUGAAGAAGCCAUUAGCUUAAGCGAUCGAACGUUAAGUGAUAGUCAUCUUUUGAAUACUAACACAGAAUCUGAAGAGACGUCAUUUACAGUUCCAGACCACCAAUUAAAACCUCUUCAAAGAUUAGAUAGCGGUAUUGGUGAGCAAAGUUCCUACAAGUCAUUAGAGUAUUGUGCAGAUCAAAUAAUGAGUUCUCCAACAGAAAUGAAAUUCAACAAAGACUGUAAAAAGAAAUUUAAACCAACAAAGUUAAUGGAAAAAUUUAGAAGAAGCUUGGUACUGCCUAGCGAAACUCCAACUAUUGAUACAGAGCCUUCAAAAGAAUUUUCUUUGUACGCAAAACCUCAACUUAAAGAGUAUAAGUUUCAAGUCAAAUAUAUAUGUUCAACAAUUAUAACUCCGCCAUUGAAGUCGAAACAUAUACGAAAAUGUUAUAAGCAGUUUCUUAAAGAAAUGGCAAAAGGAGGAAAAUUAGUAAGUAACACAAAAUGCAUCGGAGGCAGCUUAGUUGGUCUAGAAAUAAACUUAAAGGGUAUAACAAUGACCGAUCCCAAUCAGAACAAUUACACAAUCAGAACAUUUUCAUUUGAAAGUUUAGAGAAUAUUGUAACUCAUCCAGACGGAUUAGAAUGCUUUGGAUUUAGUACAUCUGACCCUUCACAAAAAUGUAAGCAUAAAAUGCAUUUAUUCAGUGCACCCUUGAACCGUCUCAUGGAUAUUAAAAGCGCCUUUGAAAAUAUUGUUAUAUAAAAAUAUAUAUCUUCUAUUUGGCAUAAAUAAUGAAAAAAAUUAAAA